GCCGCAGCAGGAGUCGCAGAGCCAGUCGGCUAAGUAAAUGUAAAUCGAGCACAAGUCCGUGCGUUCACCGAGCAGCCGGAACGGAAGAAUACACGGACGGAGUCCGAAACCGGAACACGAACCAUAACCGUUGAUUUUUUUUUCUGUGUGCUAAAAGCUGUUCAGUGCCAAAUAAUAUGUUUUUUUUUUCUAAAUUAAAAGGAUACACACAAUGUGCGUGUGCAGUGAAAUCAAGUGAAAAGCCAAAAAUCACCAACUAACUAACUUAAAAUAUUGAAAAACUUAAAGAAUUGAGCGAAAAAGCGCCAGGAAAACAAGAUUGGCACGCAGUUGAACGGAAGCCAACGCUAGAGGGCGCCACUGUUGGCGUGUGUGACGGAAUUUCCUUUAAAAGGACAAUAGUAAGAGAGGAGUAGGGGAGGAGAAAUAGAGAGAGAGCGAGCGCAAACAAAAGGGGAAGCCCCGUGUGCGAGCGAGAUGGACAGCUCGCCGGAUCUGUCGCUCAAAUUGCGACGCGGUUCCAGCGAUUCGCGGGAUAACUUCUACAUGGAUUUUGCCCAGGGCAUCGACUCCGAUAUCGAGGAAGUGGACAACACGGCCAACAAUCAGGAGGCCGGCGAGGUUCCACCGCCGCCGCUGCCCACAGUUUCACUGGCCGAGGAGGUGCUGCUCCUGGUGGCGCCACCGCCGCCACCGCCCUCUUUACUGGGUCAGCCGCUGCCUACGCUAACGGAAACGGAUGAUAUUCCGCCCACUCCCACACCGCCACCACAGCAAAAGGACGAUGAGGGUGACGAUGAGGACGAGCGGGAGGAACCCGUUCCAGAACAGGAUCAAGGAGCCCCAGCAGCCCCUUCGCCACCGGGCUCACCGAUUAAUUCAGUCCUGGAACUGGAGCUGAUACCACCACCUCCAUUAUCGCCAAUGGACGAUGCGGGCCUUCGCACCGAUGACGAUGGCGAAGGCGAGGAAACCGAUGAUGCAGAGGAGGUGGCGGCCAUUCCGCCGCCACACGAAAUGCUGGACAUUGAAAGCAAUCCCGAUGAGGAGGAGGAGGAGGAGGAGCAGGAGCAGGCUUCCCAGGAGGACACUCCCAAGGAAGAAGACGAAGAGGAGGACGACGACAAGUCCACGCCACCACCCCCACUGCCACCGCUUCCCUCGAAUUUCUCCUAUGUGCAGGGCCACAAUCUCGGCCAGGUGACCCCACCCCUGACCAAGUCGCCAUCCAACUCCCCCUCCCCGCCCGUGACACCACCACCCUGCCCGGAGCUCAACAUCAGCCGGAUGGUAUCGCCACCUGCCCAACACAUCAGCCAGAUACCACCGCUCACGCCCUCCGAUGAGAGCGAGGGCGAGGCGGAGUCCCAGCCGAACUCGCCACCACUAAGACUGGAUGCAGAGCAGCCACCACCCGAUAUGGAUCAACCGGAGCCAGAGGAUCAGCCACCUGAGCCGGAAAACGAACCCGAACCCGAACCCGAGCCCGAGCCCGAACCCGAACCCGUGAGCGGAGCUCGGGAGGACUACAGUCGUUCGCUGGACAACGAGGAUGAGUCCACCACCAUAACCACACCACCCAGCAACGGGUACUCUGCCUCCUCCAUCAUAGCUCCACCGCCGGAGCACUUUGCGGAACUAGACGAGGACAGGGGCUUUAUACCCCCACCACCCUUGGAGCAGGAGCCCGAGGAGGAAGUGGAGGAGGAGGAGGAGGAAGAGGAGGAAGAGCUGACCAAAGAGACGGACGAGAUAUCCGUGGACAGGGAAUCGCUGCAGGAUCAGGGCGGCGACAGUAUCAGUUCACCUCGGCCUGCCAGCAUAUUGACUGGAUCCAUUUCCACAUCCGUUGGAGGCGGAGCAGGAGGAUCACCGAAGCCCGAGAGUCGCGGCCCAAGUCGCAGUGGCAGCCAGCGAUCGCAGCUGAGAUCGGGAUCCCAGCAGGGAUCCAUUGCCGAAUCCCGCGGUGGCUCUCGCAUCGGAUCUCGCACAGGAUCCGUGGCCUCCGCCCAGGCAGCUGGCGUUCUCUCACCCCAGGCUUCGCUCAAGUCCCAAACAUCGAUUCGCUCGCAAGGACAGGCAGGCGUGCGAAGUCCUGCCGGGUCCAUCAAGUCGGGAUCGCAGCGUAUGCAGAGUCCACAGGCCGGAGAAGGAGCUCCGGCGAUGCCCUCGCCGCCGCUGAUGAGGAGUCCACCGCCGGAGCUGGCCCGCCAGAUGCACAGUCCGCCAAGGAUCACGACGCCGCCGCGGGUCUGCAGUCCGCCGCUGGUCAGCAGCCCACCCAAGCUGGCCGAAUCCGCUGCUGCUGCCGUGGGAGUUGCUGCCACCGUCAAGGAGCAGAUCGGCUCUAGCAGCUCCACCGCCGAACCGCUGGAGCCAUCGAAGCCAGAGCCACUGAAGCCACCAAUAGCCACCGUCAGCUAUCAGGAUGAACAGAAGCCAUCACCACCACCAACAGCUGCUGCUGCUCCAGCGGUAACAACAACGGCUGCAACUACGGCGGUCACCAGCCAGCCGAGAUCGCACUUUACGAGCAGCCACCAUCACUACCACUUGCCGCAUCAGUUCCAGCAUCCGCACCACCAGAACCAUCACACCCACAGUGUCCGGGUGCCCACGCCGACGGUGCCCAGCAGCUAUGCCCCCCCACCGCCGCCCGACAGCGGAAGCAGCAGUUCGCCCGUCGAUCGCCGGCGUUUGUUCAUGGCCGGAGUGGCUCCUCCGAUUGCCGCUGGAGCUGGCUCCCUGAUGGCCAUGCCAGCUGAACCAGCGGUAGCCAUAUCACCGGGAAGGGUAUCAGCACGAUCAGGUUCGCAGCACCACGUGACCAUCGAUGAGUCGAGUUUGCCCAGCCACAAGGGCAACAUACAGGAGACUCCGGGUCCCAGUGGCCUGAUCAUUGGCGGGGGAGAUGGCGACGGCGAUAGGGAUAUUGGAGGUGGCGGUGGGCCGGACAGCUCGGAUCCGCCCUCCUCGCCCGGCGGCAGCAGCUCCCAGCCAGCGCUCAGCGGCAGCCAGGCGGACGGACAGCUGGCAUUGAUGUACCACUCGCACCAGCUGACCAAUUAUCCAGUGCUGCCCGCCAUUAAGCGCACACAUCGGCCAUCCUUCGUCUAUCCGCCGAUGCCGAGGGUCAAGGCCGGCGAUGCACUGGCCACUCUUUUCUCCGCACUCUACGGAAAACUAUUGGUCGUCAUGGGCAUAGCGUUUCCCAUGGCAGAGGUUAUAUCAACCUAUAUCCCACCCUCUUUCUAUGAGGUGUACUAUUUGUACUUGUACAUUGGCAGCAUGAUAUUCUUGCUCUUCAUGUACGCCACUUUGAUAUGGGGUCGUCCCAAGUUACCAGUUCCGAUUGCAUCGCCGAGUAAAUCGGCAACGAAGGCGAGCGGAACGGACAGCAUGGACGAGUCGGAUACGGAUAGCAACUCCGUGCACCAUCGACUUCCGCCGCCGAUUCCCGUGAGGCGACCAUCGCUGCUCUCGCCACUUGGACGGCGGGACGCACACUACGGCAGCUUCUAUCUGCGCAUGGGUGCGGUGGCCUUUGGAAUUGGCAGCAUGAUCUAUUCGGGCUUGGAAUUUGGCCAGUACUUUGAGCUCAAUCCGGACACCAAGUGUCACAACGUGCUGCUGGCCUUGACCCCGGCCACCCGGAUGGCCUUCAUCUUCAUCCAGAUGUACUUCAUCUUCCUGAACAACGAGCAGAUCAAGGUGUAUCGCUACAAGAUCAUCGCUCGUUUCGGUUUAAUGCACAUGAUUGGCACAAAUCUGGCCGUUUGGCUGAAUGUCCUGAUCCAAGAGACAAAGCACGAGAUAUUGACAUUCUACAAUCCGGAGAAUCGCACGCUGAGGAUUUCGCACAGGAUACCGGGACACUCUAGAGGUCAUGCCAUAAUCCAGCACGAUCCGACGGCCCAUCUGCGAGUGCCGCGCGGCUUGAAGGGACCGUACCAGAUCUUUGAGUGCCGGCGAACGAACAUCAUCGGUACAUUGGUCCAGGACGCCUCGCCAUUUCUGUUCCCCUGCACCAUCGAGUACUCGCUGAUCUGCGCGGCCAUUUUGUACGUGAUGUGGCGGAGCAUUUCCAGGCCGCAGACUCCGACGCCCCAGCGUCCGGAUAUGAUCAGUUCGCCGAUGAAGCGAUCGCCGCAUCACUAUUCCGUCGACUGUGCCCGUGCCCACAAGGGAUUGUUCGUGGGCAUACUCAUCCUGGUGCUGACCAUCAUAUCGCUGAUCAUCUUCUUUGUGCUAAUCUCACGGCCGGAAUUCGUGGCCAUGGCCGUAACGGAGGUGACCAUUUGCGAGCUGCUCAUCUAUGGCACGGCCACGAUAGCCACUCUGGUGGGAAUGAUUCAGAUACGUCAUUUGCAGUACGAUGCCUACAGGAGUUUCUCGCUGGAUGAUAUCCUACUGGUGGGUGCGCAGACCGGUUCGUUUUUGUACAACAUCUUUACGGUCAUCGCCGGGCACUUUACUCUGCGCAGCGAUGACAUGCUGGUGCCCAUCAAUGCCCUGGCCUCCAUUGUCCAGACCGCCUGUCAGACCAUGUUCAUUUUGGAUGCCAGCCGGCGGCAGGCCGUCAGUCCGGAACAUUUGCGCAAGAAGCCCGGACGCGAGAUCGUCACAUUUAUGCUGGUCGUCAAUCUGGCCAUGUGGGCCAUCAGUACGCUGGAGAAAUCACGCGCUGAAUCGCAUCCCAUACAGCUGAACUUCUACGGUUUGUGGGCCUGGACGAUUAUCACGCAUGUGUCGAUGCCGCUGGCCAUAUUCUAUCGUUUCCAUUCGACCGUGUGCCUGUGCGAGAUCUGGAAGAGGGCCUACAAGCUGAAGCCCACGUAUAUGUGAGAAUUCGCCCGCUCGCGCAUCCAGAGCAUUGCGCAGCAGCAGCAAUUCUGCGAGGAUCUCAAGACGAACCUGUCCUACUGCUACUGCUCCACUACGCUGGCUGGCGGCGAGCUGGAGACCGUUGAGGAGGUUGAUAGUGGCGAGAGUAAUUCGGCUGAGGAUGCCGGUGCCGGUGCUGGAUCGGGAGGAUCAAGGGGAUCGGGCGGAGGAGCUGGAGCCGCCGAAGCUGGAGAGGCCGGUGAAGAAGGGCAACAGGGCGGCGACAGCAGCUGUGGACUGAAGGCACCCAUCCGGGCACUGUCGCCGCAAUCCCUCAAUACGGAAAAGGCCUUCUGUCCGGUUUACGUGAUCAACGGCGAAUGAGUUUACGCGCACUUUGAGUUCAUCGACGCGAUCAGCGGCCAUGAGCUCAGCUUUGUCUAGGACUUGCAUCUGCUGGACACCACACCAUAACAAACACACCACCAUUACCAAUCCACCCACCAAACCAAAACCAAAAAACCAUGCAACUAGGCACCCAUCUUCGAGAACCACCACCAAGUAACAACAUUUGACCAAGCGGAUGCAAGCGUUGAGAGCCAUAAACAUAUCCUAGAGAGGGAAAAAAUUAGAAGGACAUGCGAGUCCUCAAGCGGGUCUCAAGCGAUGGGAAAUCAAGAAGUUAAGCACAAGCGAUGAUAAAAGAAUGGGUUAAUCUUAGGAUCCGCAGCAAGGAUAAAUCAAUGUGGAAAUCACAAGCAAUGCCAGUAGGGCGUAUACGCAAUAAAUUCCCAAGCAAUUGUCACUAGUGCGUAUACGCAAUAUCGUAAAUGGUUUAGCCUCAUAACGUUCACUCACUACCACAAUGCUCCAAAUCGCAUUUGCUCCAAUAAUGAGUAUUGAAACGGAAAGUCAGUUGAUAAGCAUAAAUAUGCUGAUUUUAGCAUUAAACAAAAUAUUGUAGGCGCUUUGAAGGGGGCCGCAUUUUGGGAUCUGUGUGGUAGCAAGUGAGCGCAAUGAGUAUAGUGUUGUAGGCAAAACACGUAACAGUAGAUGAAUUCAUGUUUACUACCCCCCCUUCACAAUACAGCCGCAAAAUCUACGAAAAUAUCACGUUUGAUAAAUGUUGAAAACGGUCGCAAUCAAGAAAGUGAAAGUGGACAACAUUUUAUAUAUUUAUAUAUAGCAACUGACUGAGCGCUAGGAUCAGCAAAACGGGUUGUGAACCAACCGAACUACAAGGUAUGCCGCCAAACUAACGAUCAACCAAAUAGAGAGCAGUAUACCAAUUAUGCAUAACCGAACACAGCGAGUUCUAUCAAAGAUAAAUAUUUACAAUGAUAAAAUAAUCGGCGUUCCAAAGCAAACUGGAUAUAUGUAUUUCAGCAACUACAAGUUAGAAAAACGAAGAAGAAUGGUUGAAGAAAUGCGAGGAGUGUUGAGAUGAGAUGAGAAGAAUAGGGAUUGGAGAAGUCAUUAACCCCACCAGAAAUCGAGGAACCGCAAAAGUUAUUAGACAACACUGUACUACAAAGUAGACGGUUUACACAGCCUAGCACCUAAGGAUAUAUACUCACAUACAUGCAUAUGUAGAAGUUCAAUCCGGAUUGCCCCCCUCCCCCCCUUUUAAUGCCCCAAGAAAAUUCAUUCGCACCCAUAUGGAUUGUUUGUUUGAGCCCCUUGUUGAGAGCCCUGAUUUUUAGCAUAGCAUUUAACCGAAUUUGUUAACUUGACUUUGAAUGCGAAUAGGUUUUUAUGUGAUACGUUUGUGCUUGUGAAACCCCCCCCCUCAUAUUGCCAUAUUGCCCCACUUCAGUAUUAUGAAAGCUCAAAGGAAACCAAAUUGUAGAAGGACAAAUCAAGAGAGAUUGCGAAUAAUUCCAAUAAAAUCACUUACUGUAAGACGCACAAAUCUAUUUAAGGUGGUAUAUAAAUAUGUCUGUGUUUUUUUUUUUUUUGUCUACCAUAAUGGUAUAAGAUACGUAUAGAUAUAGACUUCACUCACACAUACAUACGAUGCGAUCUAUGUUUUCAAUGCCAAAGAAAAGUUCAUUACGUUGCCUAUGUUGUAAUUGCUUUCUUGUUGAGUUCGAUUUUUAUGAAUCUACUGACUCAUCCAUUGUAUAUUCAAAGUUAUAUGAAUGCCAAAAUCGAAAUCGAAAUCAAAACCAAAAACCAAAACGAACAAAAAUCUUAAGGGAAAACAAACAAACAAACAAACAAAAAAAAAAACAAAAUAUAUAUAUAUAUAUACAUAUAUAUUAAAUUAGUUAUUUCAAUUUUUAUACUCGUACUAAAUUUUUAACUAGAAUUAACUGUAACUUUGUAUGCAUUUUCUCACAUGUAUUUAUUGUACGCCAACUCGAAACACUGCUCGAAAAAUCGCACGUUAAGCGAAAAUCAAAAUUGAAAAUUGUAUUGUAUUUACAGGCGAUUGUAUUAGAAUUUAUUGACACUAAGUAGUUAUGAUGAGCGAUCGAACUCAUUAGAGGAACUCCUAAUCCACGUAGAAUCGAAGGACAUUUUAUGCGAAAUUAAUAAAACUCAAUGAAAAUCGGAGACAAGAAAAGAAAGAAAAAAAAAACAAACUGAAAUAUUCAAGUUAUACCCGACAACCACUAUUUGUUCUUAUUAUUCAAGAAGAAAAAUCAAAAUAAACGUAAUAAUCGUAAUUGUGGGACUCACUUUUAAAUACGACUAAGAAAAGAACUUUUCUCGACUAUUUCUGAACUUCUUAAUUUUAAGCUCGAUUUUAACAAUUUAAUGAUUUCAAUUCUUGUAUAUUUUUCAAAUACAACCACUAUUCCUUUCGCUAUUCUGUUUCCAAUUUCUGUGGUUGUUUUUCCAACAAGAAACUCAUCUUUUGAACUUUAUCUUUAAAUUCAUAUGACAAGUAAAAUAUAAUUAUGGUUACGCAUUGCAUUGUUCAAAUAUUCCCUAGGAGUAUUUGCUUUAUUCGAAUAGUAAGUAAUUGCAAUUCCAUAUUUUACACUGUUUCUGUAUUUCUAGCCUCUUUCGAAUAACCUAGAAACCAUUUUCAAUUUCAUUUCGAACCUUUUUUUCCCCCGAAAAAAUACUCAACCAAUACAACUUGACUAAGCCUAGGAAAAGCAAUUUGUAUUAAGUGUUACAAGUAUUUAUACGUAUUUACAAUAAUGGCUAUGAUGAUAAAGUUAAAACACAAUGUAAAACUAGUCGUGAAUGUUCUGUGUUCCCCAAGCAUAAAUACACCACCAGUCCUGUACACCCGAAUGAAAACUAUUAUUGACUAUAAAAGAGCAGUAAAUUUGCAAUAAAUAUGAAUAAUAAAUUGAAACGUAAUUCGAUUACUAUGG